AAAAAAUCGGAGUCGAAAGGGAUCUAACAAGAGGACAUCGCCACCUGUUACGAGGAUUUCAGCAUUUUUUUACAGCAGCUCUUCAUCUGCAAGUGGGUUUUCUCUCAGUACGAUGCCGUGGCCACAUCCUCCUAUUACUGCUGCACGGACACCGAUUAGGAACCGCCAGCAGUGAAACCUCACUACAUGAUCGCCUCUUUCUGCUCUUCUGCUCCGGCUCCGCUGGGAAAAAUCCAGCAACAUCUACAGCCACUCAGAUCGAGGAUCAACUCACUGCUCCAUGGCUAGACCUCACCGUGCAAAGAGCUGGGGGCCUUUCUGCUGAGUAUUCCUCACUGCAUAGUAGCACAUGGAUUUCAAGACUUCAAAUGAAGAGACAAAGACUGGGAUUUAUUUGAUGCAAGAAGGUAAUGAGGAGCCAUUUAAUAUUCGACUGCACUUGGCCAAAGAUAUUCUGACCAUUCAAGAACAAGAUGUCAUCUGCGUGUCAGGAGAACCUUUUUAUUCAAGUGAGAGGACUGUAACGAUCAGGAGGCAGACGAUUGGAGGGUUCGGUCUGAGCAUCAAGGGUGGAGCAGAGCAUAAAAUCCCUGUCGUCAUUUCCAAGAUAUCAAAAGAACAAAAAGCUGAACUCUCUGGACUGCUUUUUAUCGGAGACGGUAUCCUUCAGAUAAAUGGAAUAAACGUUAGAAGCUAUCGCCAUGAAGAAGUGGUCCAAGUUCUGAGAAAUGCUGGCGAAGAAGUGACUCUCACGGUCUCCUUCUUAAAGAAGACGCCCGCCUUUCUGAAAUUGCCGCUGUGUGAGGACUGCACAUGCAUUCCAAGUGACCAGAGUAGUGGGACGUCCUCUCCUCUGUGUGACAGUGGUCUGCACUUAAACUACCAUCCUAACAACACGGACACGCUGUCCUGUUCGUCCUGGCCCACAUCCCCAGGGCUUCGCUGGGAGAAGAGAUGGGUGGACUUGCGCCUUAUUCCACUGCUACACUCCCGCCUGUCACAGUACAUGCCGGGCUCUGAUGUCUGCAGGAAAAAUGCUUUCCAGGUUAUUGCUGUGGACGGCGUCUGCAGUGGAGUUAUACAGUUCCCCACAGCAGAGGACUGUUUGGACUGGCUGCAGGCAAUAGUGAGCAACAUCUCCGGUCUCACCAAGCACAAUGUGAAGAAGAUUAACAGAAAUUUCCCAGUCAACCAGCAGAUUAUCUACAUGGGCUGGGUUGACGAGAAGGAGCAGGACUCCGUUCAGGACCGAAUGUAUUUGCCAAAGUUCCUCGCGCUGAGAGGUUCCUCGCUCUUCAAGUUCUCAGCACCACCUGUGACAACGUGGGACUGGACCAGAGCCGAGAAAAGCUUUACCGUGUAUGAGAUCAUGUGCAAGAUUCUAAAGGAUAACGACCUUCUGGACAAGAGGAAGCACUGCUUCAGCGUCCAGACGGAGAGCGGCGAGGACAUGUUCUUCAGCGUGGAGCUGGAGUGUGAGCUGCUGGUCUGGGAAAAGGCUUUUCAGAUGGCCACCUUCCUGGAGGUGGAGAGAAUACAGAGUAAAACAUACGCCUGUAUCAUGGAGAGCCACCUAAUGGGUCUCACCAUUGACUUCAGCAUGGGCUUUGUGUGCUUUGAUGCAGCUUCAAAGGCAGUGCUGUGGAGAUACAAGUUCUCUCAACUAAAAGGAUCAUCUGAUGAUGGAAAAAGCAAGAUCAAGUUUUUAUUCCAAAAUCAAGACUCCAAAUCUAUUGAAGCAAAGGAGCUGGAAUUCUCAAACCUCUUCGCCGUGCUUCAUUGUAUUCAUGCUUUUUUUGCUGCCAAGGUUGCUUGUCUGGACCCGAUGUUUGUGGAGAGCCACAGCACCGCAACCACCACUGGGAUAGCUUCACUGUCCAGUAUCUCAUGUAAUUCACAGAUACCCAAACUCAAAUAUGUCACUUGACAGGCGCUGCUCUCAGAGCCCUCGUGAAAAAAGACACUGAACUUACACACGUGACCAUUGCCUAAAGAUGUGGACAGCAGAAGAGGAGUAAACUGAGAUUAGGAGGGACUGAUACAGCCGUCAUCUCUGACGGUGCAUCAGAUUUUCAGGAAUUUCUGGAAUAAUUGUGGAACUUAACACAAACCUCUACUUUGAAUAACUUCACAGAAACACUAUGAGCCCAAAAAUGUGGGACUGCAAAUGUUUUCAAGUCAAGUUUUUUCCUUCCUCAGACACCACAACAAUCGACAACAACACACAAAAAGGAAAAAUCCACUCCCACCAUGGGUUUUUCUACUCUGUGUGUAGAAAAAACUUUAACUUAUAUUCAAAAUCAGUUUUAAAGCAAAAUAUAUUUUCCAUACAUUAUGUGACGUCCAACUAAAAGUUUUAAAGAGUUUAAUAUUAUUUUGCUGGCAGAAUGAAGGUAAGAAAUGAAUGGUUUUAAAUCGGCGCUGGUAUUAUUAUAUUCUAUAACCUUGUUUGUGUUCGUCUGUAUGUAUGAGUGUUUGCAGAAUUACUGAAUGAAAGUUGUCAAUCAGGUUCACCUUCCACUCAAGCGUAAUCUGACAAAAAAAAAACACUCUGAACAUGAUUUUAAACAGCUUGCAUAAUCUUUUUUUUAUAUCAUUUAUUAAAAAUAAAUUGAUUGUGUAAAUAAACACUGACGCUCAAAUGAGCUAAAAAAAAUGAUGAAUUAUGGUGAGAAAUGAAUUACGUGUAGGAGUUAUUGCGUUUGUUCAUUUCGAUGUGCACCAGAGUCGAGUAGAUAGACAGUGCAUAACCUUGUCAUUGUCAUCAUUUACUCUGUGGACCAAUUUAGAAGAAUAAAAAUCAGCAAUGGUGUAUUUUUGGAAUAUUUUAUCUUUUCUGACUCA